AUGUCGAAUAUUAUGCCUCCUCCUUAUAUAUUGCAGGAACUUCCAAAUGUUACAGAAUGCAUUAAUUACCCAAUCAAAAAUGUACAACGUAUAAAGUACACCUGCUUUGAUGUUUCAAAAUCGCUGUUAGCAUUUGGAGCUACGAGUGGUGGUAUUUACAUAUUCAACAAGAAUCCGUGUGAAUUUGUGCAACUUAUUCCAAAUAAGGAUGGCGCUAUCACGCGUCUGUCAAUAUCGGCUGACGAGAAGCACGUCGGCUUCGCGAAUGGGCGCGGUGUUAUCACGGUCUCAGGAUGCGAACAGGGACCCAACGCCCUGCAUUCGGUAGUCACGUCCAAGGAGCACCAGGGCAACGAGGUCACCGCGCUGGCCUGGAGCGGCAACAUGCUGUUUAGCGGCGACGACGUAGGCAAGAUAGCGGUCCUGCAGCUGCAGAGUUUCAUCGCGAAAACAAUGUUCCAGAGUUCGUCGCAAACGAUCAUGAAUUUGGAUUCUCGUGUAUGUCAAAUUGACGUAAAAUCGUAUAUGCUAUUGGUAUCGACGUUGACCCGGUGUUAUCUAUGCGACACGACCGAAGAACAAUACAGGCAGAUAGGCCAGAAACUAAGGGACGGCGAAUUCGGUGCUUGUUUCGUCAACAAAGAGAAUGCCGUCGAGAUUAACAUUAAGAACAAAGUUAAGGAUUAUUCGGAAGUCAGGAAAUACAGUAUUAUCAACGAGGACAGCAGCUUCGCCGUUGGUAGGGGACUGGAUAACACAUUGGUCUUCGCCGCCAGACCCUCGUCUCGGUUGUGGGAAGCCGCCGUCGAUGGGACAGUCAAAAGGACGCACCAGUUCAAACAGAUUUUAGGAAGGAGUCCCGUGAAUAUUCUCACAGUAGACGCUUAUGAACACGAAAGACAUAGUUUCGAAGAAAUGGCCACGAUUAACGCUGACGGCCUAUCGGUCAACUUUCCGAGGAUCUACAAUCUCAAUGGCGUCAUAUUUUCGUACAAGAAAGACGCUCUUUUCUUUCUCAACUUGGAUAAUGUUGACCACACGAUUUGGUGCGCUCGUUACAAAAGCAUAGCCGACUGUAAGGUCUACGGUGAUGCGAUAUACGUUUGGCUAAAUAACGGAUCGUUAAUCAAUUUGAAGUUCAUGAAAAUAGACAAAUUCCUGAUCAAAUGUUACGUCGAUGACAAGCAUCGUUUAUGUGCGAAUUUGUGUGCUCAAUACAAAGAUUAUUUACUGGCCAACGAGAUGUCAACGAGGCUGCACAUCCUCGCCGGGCUGAAAGAGAAAAUUGACGAUAAAGAACUGCUGGAAACUAUCCAUACUCUGUUAGUGAAGUUCGAAAGAUUGAAAGAGAACGAAGCCAAGAAAGUGAAAUCUGGGAUAUACGUGGUCGACAAUACGUAUAACGCACAAACUUCAUUGAUGAGUGAAAUGGAUAAAACAAUCGACAAUAACGAAGAAUAUAGUUUCGGUAACAUACCACCGGAGGCCAUGCAGACGCUGAAAGACUUCAGUGUGUCGGUCACGGACAGAUUGAAUACGAGUAAAAAGAUUUUAAAAGAGAAAUGGGACGACUUCGAAGGGAAAAUGAAGCACCUCAGUGUCGAGAAACCGCAAGAGAAACUAAUUAUGCCCCCCGCCCAAACUCCCAAAAUAAUAUCAAGAGAUGAACCUUUAGCUCUUGAUCAAACGCCUGUAUUGGAACGCGAUAUAGUCUUCAAACAACCUAGUCAAAAAGCCAUAGAAAUAGAAAAUAAUAUUAGCUCAGACAAAGACGAUAUCUGUAAAUCUCUCUAUCAAUAUUUUAGGUUAAGCCUCGUCGGUAAGGAAGACGAAAAAUCGAAUUUAAUUUCUAUUAUAGAAAGCUUCGCCUGUGAUAUUAGGUCAGUUUACGAAUUGAUGAGACUGUUGGAGAAUUAUUGCACGUCCGUCGGCUCGCCGGAGGAAUCUAGAUACGUACCGAACAAUAUAUUCUUGAAGUAUCUAAGCGAGACGACGAAACGGGCCGAGUUCUUGGACUGCAUCAUAAGUGAUGAGGUUCUGUACAAAUACUUUGUCGACUCCUGCAUAUCGGUUAAUCUGAAGGGCCAGAAACAUACGGACUUCGGUUGCGAGUGCGGCUACCCGCUUCCUUACGCGAGGACCAAGCAAAACCCGAUCUUCUUCGAGCUGAUCGACGAAUUCAUCGAGAGACAGUGGUCUAGUCCGACGAAAGAGCAAUGCUACGACACGUGCAAACGGAUGCCGUAUUUGUGGAGGAAAAUUUUAUAUUUGAGACGAAACGAAGAUCUCGUGAAUAUCUUGAGGAUAUUAAUGCAGAUUCUGGAUGAGAGUUUGCUGCACAAUUUCCUGCCGCAGUUCACUUUGGACAGCUGGAGUAGAGCGGUCCAGCUGUACGCCACGUUGCACGCGAACGUUUGUCUGAACUGCUCGAAGAAGUUCAGCAACGUUUCCGUCAAGGACACGCUGUGCUGGGACGAUCUGGGGGCGCUGAUGAUCAAAAGCGUCGGCGGAAGGAACUCGCUGAGGAUAAUGGAGGAGCAUUCACGUCUGAUAGAGCCGGGCGAGGUGACCGUCAAGUUCUAUCACACGUGCCUGAUGGUUACCAUGUUCGAGAAGUAUGAUUCGACGGUGACAGCGCAACUAGUCGACGCUCUAUACACCAGCUAUAGAUAUGAAGACUCUAAAUAUGAGAUAUGCAAUCUUCUCCGAAACACAACAGGAGGACAACUGAAGAACACUUCCUUGCCGAUAUCGGUGGCAGCGAAGUCCCGGCACUGGGGCCUGAAGCCGUUGGCUUCGAACGAUAAAAACGAUUUCACCGACAUUUUAGAUAACAUAGCCGACAUUAACAACGGGGUAUCCGAUUGCGCUCUGUGCGGGCUGCCGUUACGAAAUGACGUUUUGAUCAAAGAUGGCGGACUCUGGGUUUUUAAAUGCGGCCACACUUUCCACGGUGCGUGUUUGGAUUUAAACAAACUGAAAUUGUGCCCGCACGCUUGUGCGUGUAAAAGCGUCGAUGUUAAAUGAAAGAUUAAUUAAUAACAUUCAUAGUUUUUUCGUGUAUCAGAUAAAAUAUCAUUGGCCUUUUGCUUGAAAAAUCUACGUGUAAUGCAGAUUUUUUUUGUAUAGUAGCAACACUGUGGCAUUCUCAUAUAUUUUUUUAGGAUGGUAACACUUUAUAAUAAUAUUUAUAAUGAAUCGAUUUAUUUCACACGAAUAAAUGCGAUUAAAAGGUUUAUUUAUUUAUUAUUAAAGUAGGUAAUUACCUACCUAGUAGGUUAAGUGCGAAUCAAUGUAGUAGAACUUGCCUUAAAUCGAUAUUAUUUAAAUAUUAUAAUUUUAUUGUAAUACAGUAGUGUAUGAAACAAAAUUUUAUAGUGCUAUUUAUUUUGUGAAUAAUAAUAGUAAGUACCUAGAUACGGAUUAGAAUAUCAUAGUUUAAUUCUAAAUAGGUUUUUCAUUUUAAUUUGGUACUUAAGCUGCGAUCAUAAAGCUUAUUUUUCUUAUUUUUAUUUAUUAGAUAUCGUAUGAUUAUAUUCUCCGAAGAGAAAUAUCCUAAUGUUUUUCAUAGAUUUUUUUUAUGAGACUGUCGCAUGUUAUUAAACCCUUAUGCUUAGUUAAUAUAAUAUAUUAUGUACAUUGUACAUUUGGCUGGUAGAAAUUACAACUGUACUUCGUAACGGCACUAAUUUGAAACCGUAUAUCCGUCUUAUCAUUAGCAAUAUCAAUAGGGAACUUUCUCGACUUUAUAGUCCACGGAAUGAGGGAAGAAUAUGGGAAUUUGUAAAAAAAACCCAACAAUUUACUGCAAUAGACUAACAAAAGUUCAGUUGCAUUGCUCUUAUGAAUGAUAGUAAAAAUCAUUGCGUCGACGAACCCCGGCCCGCCCUGUGUGAGGUUAAGAGACUAAAAGGGUACACACUAAAUGCUGUCCAGUUUGAGACAUGAGCUCGCAGUCUCAAUUGUAUUAUGUAAGCCGAGCCGGAGUGCAAGCUCACUCGAUGCAUUAUUUAUACGGAAAUUUUAAGGUUACUUUCUUUUUUAUUUUUUACUGCAUAGAUGGGUGGACGAGCUCACAGCCCACCUGGUUUUAAGUGGUUACUGGAGCCCAUAGACAUCUACAGCGCAAAUGCCCAUAAAGCUCUUUGGUAACCGAAUUUUCUAAAGUAACACAAAUAUUUUUCUGUCAUCAUUAAGCACCUAUUUAAAAUGUUUUCGUAAUAAUUACGUUAAUAAUAUGUCACUGGUUUUUAAUACUAUGUCAUAUCAUAUCUAUAGAAAGAUACUGAUUUGCUAUAUGUAUCUCUGUCUAAUCUUAGUUUAGGGAAAAAGAUACGAGGAAACAAGUUGGCUUGUGUUGCCAGAUAGAAAAAAAAAUUGUGAUUUAAUUGUCCAAUUAGAGUAACACUGAUUUUUUAAACUUUUCGAAUAAAUUUUUUGUAUAAUAUAUCUAUCGUUGUAAUGAUGGUUCUAAAAAUAACUCAUGUAUAAAAAUAUAAACAAAUAAUUGUUUUUGUUAUGAAUACAUACUAGCACACGAUUUUUCUUUAAAUUUUAUCAGUUUAUUAGUUAUGCAAAACAUAUCUUUUGUUUGUUUUGACUCUUAAUUAGGACGUAUAUUUCUGCCGCGAUGUCACGAAUUAUGGUUUUUAAGGACAGCCGUCAUAAAAUACAUUUUUAUUAUAAUCUAUUUAUUAUAUAUUUGUUGAUCAGCGGUAGGGAAACUCGAUAUUAUACCGAUUUGACCUAUAUAUGAAAGAUUGUGUUCGUGACUUGGCAGUUUUCUGAUCAUCGUAAUAUUGACGUAAGUACGUAUUUCAUUUAUUUCGUUUUUAAGACUAAACCAAAAAACUUAUAUAAAUGUACUCAUGUAAAAUAUUAUGUUAUUGCUCAUAAUUCGAGGGGUGAACGACUAAUAAAGGUUUAAGCGCGAUUUUUCCAAAAUUACAGGAGAGCCAAUUAAACUUUAAAAUUUGGAAAAAAUAUCAUAAGAAACAAAAGUUCUCUAGCUAUUUGAAUGGAGUAAACUUAAUUGUAGUUCAAUUAAAA